AGGGCUUCGACAAAUACUAAUGCUUCUGGUCGUUGUGAAAUUGUUUUCGUGUGUUGUUUCUAUGAAGGAAAUACAAAAUAAUUUGGAGUAUGGGAUGAGAGAAAAUGUUUCUAUGUGGAGAUCAAUAACUGACCGACAACAUUAUGAAGUAGAUGAAGUCAAGAAGUCGUUAGCUGAUCACGAAUUUCGAAGCAAACGUGAAGAAGAAAAAGUCACGGAAAACACUUUUAUAUAUAAUGAACAAUGCCUCAUAUAUUUAGAUUCAGAAGUACUCCGCCAAGACUUAGCGUCUGGUGGAACGUUCGUCCAUGUUUUUCUCUCAGUUUUGGAUGGUGAUCAUAACAGUAUUUUAGUAAACGAAUCAGAAUCCAGAGUGAUCAAUCCGGAGCACUGGGCUUGGAUUGUAGGAACAGAAGGACUUCAUCUGGCCAGACUUCCAUUUGACUUUACUUUUCUCUCUCUCGGCACCCUAAAAACCGGUGUAAAUAAAGUCACUAUUGAAGCUAACGUCAGUGAUAUUACAUGCUUCAAUCAAGCCAAUGACGAAGGCCGAUUAAAAAUAAUUGCAAACUCUAUCCUAAAUAGUGUUAAUACAACAACACAACUAACGCUUAAUUCAAUCUGCAUUGAAAAGUUAAAAUUGCGCGAAGAUCUCCAAAUUUCUUGGUACUAUAUUAAUUUUGUGAGUUCAUAUCUGAUUUUUCAAAUUAAUACUUAUUAUGAAUGCUGGGGACAUUCUGAAACAACUUUCAAAAUCGAUCGUGAAGAAUACGGUCUUCAACUUACUGUUGUAUUCGUGAUCAGUUUUAUGUUAAGUUUGUUUUUUCCACUUUUUCUUGGAUUCUUUCAUCGGAUAGCUCCAAUCGUUUAUAAAUCACCAGUUGCUGAUUCAGGUGGAAACGAUGUACCUGAUAAUAAAAUAUCCGAAGAGGUUCCCAUUUCCCCCUUGAUAAUAAUCCACCAACCGAUUUCUGAGGAUGACUUAUCAGCAACAUCGAAGAAGUUCCUGAGCUUAGAAACGGAUUUAUCUUUGGGGAUUAAGCAUUCUCUUCUCUACUUUGGUAAUUGUCACAGAGUCAUUUUUAUCGCAAGAUGGAUUUUCUAUAUUCUUUUAUUUAUCGCACUACCAUAUAUCCCAAUAUCCCUUGUGCAAUCGGCAGACGAACUGGAUUUCAGCAAAAGGCGGGAAAAAACGUUUAGCAAUGAUAUUUUGAAUGCCAACUUCAACAUAUUUUCUCACAUUUUUUUCAAUUUAGCUAUAUUCCUGAUGUUCUCUAUUGUUCUCUAUUUCAAGGUUGUGUAUCCUGAUAAAUUCAGCAUUGCAGUAAAUGAAAAAGAAAGUCAAAGAAAAAAAUGGCUGUGGUGGAAAGAUCUGCCAGACAAAUUAAAAAUCCCUAACGACGAAUAUAAAGGAACACAGAAAUUCCUUUUCCUUUUAACGACCCGAAUGAAGAUGGGAGCUGGUGUUCAGAUUUGGAGAUAUGGACUUGAUAUUUAUAAAGACCUUAUUAGCAGUCGCUUUAAAGGAAUGACAAGGGUAUUGCUUUUCAUUAUUUUAGCGUUACCAUUUUUCAUCGUAUUUCUCUUUUCUGUUCUACUUUUAUCAAUUCCGACACUUUAUUGCUUUACUCGAGUUGUUUUGUUUAGUGUGUCUUUUCGUGUACUCAAUGACGCAGGGGAUACAUCGCCCAAUGACAUCAAUUUUACAGAGAGGUUCAAGAGACGCUUAAGCAAUUCUAUCGAGAGAUAUUUUAAAGAUGACUCCACUGAUGCUGGCUUUACCAAUGCUAAAAUUUGUCACUCUGAAGCAAAUAAUGUCAACGAUGACACUGAGUGCGAACAAAGCUCAAUAGUAGGAUCUAGUCAAGAUUUAACAACAGAAAUUUCAACCAGUAAGGUUGCUAUUUCAACUGAAAGAAACGACAAUUCUGUAGAAGUGGAAAGAAUAAAUGAAAAGUUGUGUAGUGACAAUUCAAUUGCAGACCAAAUUAGCAAAGAGCAACAUAUCCCACUAACUUCUAUCCAACCUGACAGUUCUAAGCUAGGUGAUGAGGAUGAUGAAGAUGAUAAUUCGAAAAAUGCAGUUGAUUCUUUCCCUCAAGUAAAAGGUGAUAUAAAUCGCUCCUUAAUAUCCGUUAUUUUUGUACCCAUUUAUGGCGUUUGGGUACUUAGCUUUGUUUUCGGUUGGUGGGGAAUCAUUUCCAAAGUCUUUUUUAUUUUCUUUUACUUGACAGAGAUCGUCUGGUAUACGUUUCUUGGUAUAGCAUGGAACUCCCAUAAGGUUGGUCCAUACGUGCUUUUUGUUCUGAUUUUCUUAGCGUAUUCUGUUCCUGUACUGACCGGUUAUUACGAUGAUUACUGUCAAUUACUAACGAAAAUUAUAAUAAUUAUGAAGCUUAUAUUGAAGGAUAAAAGAAAGGAGGAACAGAAAAAUAAAGUCUGCGGAGAAAACUGGAGUAUGAAUUUGAAUAGGCCAUCAUACUUACCGGCAGCCCAAGAUAUUCAGACUGCAGAUAAUACUGCUGUAAGUCUUGUCAAACAACGAUAUGGACAUGUGUACAUCACUGCAGUCAACAUGCCUUAUAACAUGGCCAUCAAUCGGGAACUGUUUGAUUACAUAGUUGGAAAAUACCAGCCCACAGGCCCGAAUAAAAUUGCUCGCUUAGUUCGUAUCUUUACUUUUGCCAUUCUACUUUACUGCGGAAUAGAAGCUCUUCUCGGACUUAAUGAGUUUAGUAAUGUUUCAGAUGAAAUAAAACUGUUUAUAUCAAUCCUUAUUGCAGGUAUACUGCCAACACUUACAAGAAUAGUUCAAAAUCAGGGCCAGAAAACAAGAGAACAAAGUAUACGCGUGAUGGAGAUGAGAAGAGAUGUUGAGAUGUAUUUUGUAACAGGUAAACCAUACAGGGAUGUUGGAUACAAGUGGCCAACUGAAAACAACAUCCUCGUUGAAAAGACAGAAACCAAAUUUGAUGACGAGGGAACGUUAGACAACAUGGUCUAUCGCCUAUACGUUUAGGUGAGUUUUGAGGAAGUUCUUGGAGAACCCGAUGGUUCCCACAGCAUUGAUGGUGUUUGGAGAUGUGCUUUCAAAUGCUUCGAAGGAACCCGAAACCUCUGCUAUCG